AUGAGUUCUAAAUUUGACGUUGUCAUCUGUGGCAGCGGCACCGCUGGUUUAGCAGCCGCGACAUGGCUGGCACAAUACGGAGUUGACUGCAAGAUCUUAGAGUCUCGAUCUGGGCCAUUGGAUGUUGGGCAAGCAGAUGGCAUUCAGGUCCGAUCUGUGGAAAUUUUCGAAAGUUUCGGUAUGGCCGAGGAACUGCUCAGAGAGGCCUAUCACAACAUUGAAGUGGCCUUUUGGGGCUCCGACCCUACAAGAAGUGGCAUGGGCAUCGUGCGCAAACGAAGCGCGCACGCCACGACCCCGGGCCUGUCACAUAUGCCUCGUGUUAUCUUGAACCAAGCACGGUUCAAUGGUAUGUGGUUGGAAGCUAUGAGGCGACUGAAUCGGCAGGAAGUUGACUACGGAUACAAGGUGACGAAAGUCACGGUUGAUGAAGAGAAAGCCAUGGAUCCAAACGCUCAUCCGGUAACCAUUAUGACUGAGAAAGGCGGUAAAGAGGAGGUGUUUGAAGCCAAGUAUUGCUUGGCAAGCGAUGGCGCCCACAGUGUUGUCCGAAAGUCUUUGGGCUUCAAUAUGGUCGGAGAAACUUCCGACUCGGUCUGGGGCGUGAUGGACGUCUUUCCACGAACCGACUUCCCCGACAUCCGGAAACAAUGUAUAAUACAAUCUGACGCCGGCAGCAUUAUUACCAUACCUCGAGAAGGCGGCUCUAUGGUUCGAGUCUAUGUAGAACUCGCGUCAGGGACCAGAGCGAAAGAGGUAACACUUGAACAUAUACAAAAUGCUUCGCGUCAGGUCUUUCAACCGUAUGCGCUCGACGUUGCAGAUGUAUGGUGGUGGUCAGCCUACCCUAUUGGGCAGCGUAUCGCGGACCAUUUCUCAAAAGCCAAUCGCGUCUUCUUAACGGGGGAUGCUUGCCACACGCAUUCUCCGAAGGCAGGCCAAGGCAUGAACGUCAGCUUGCAGGAUGGGUACAAUAUCGGCUGGAAAUUAGCCUCCGUCCUCAAAGGCCAGGCUGGACCCGAACUGCUCGAGACUUACGUCCUCGAACGGCAGAAGGUAGCAGAUGUGCUGAUUAACUGGGAUAAAGUGUGGGCGAAACAAAUGUCCUCAAUAGCCAAAGAGGACGGCGGUGUCGUCGAUGCCAACGGCAAGAUUGACUUCAGCGAAGUCUUUGUGAAAGCAGAGGCUUUUACAGCCGGACUGACGGUCACCUACGACGAUUCCAUCAUAACCCAGGCCGAAGGCAGCAAUCAGCAAGCGGCCACAAAUCUCAAAGUCGGGAUGCGACUUCAAGGUGUCCAGGUGGUUCGGUUCUGCGAUGCAAAAGUAAUGAAAUCAGUGAAUGCUCUACCUUCUGAUGGGCGGUGGAGGAUCAUAGUCUUUCCAGGAGACAUUCGACAGCAGUUAGCCUCUACAAGGCUGAAUCAACUUGGAACAUACCUGUUCUCAAAUCAUGGUCCGAUCCAGAAAUACCUACCUCCCGGCGCGGACAUUGACAGCUUGAUCGAGGUCAUUGUAAUUCUCUCUGGUGAGAGACUCGAGAUACAACAAGAACAGAUACCAGAUGCUUUUUGGCCUGCAACCGGCAAAUACCGGAUGAGAGACUUGCACAAAAUCUACAUUGAUGACGAAAGUUAUCACAACGGCCACGGUCAUGCAUACGAGUUUUAUGGAAUCGACCCUGGACAGGGAGCAGUUGCCAUUGUCCGCCCAGAUCAAUAUGUUUCGAAGGUCCUCGAUAUGAAAAACCAUGAAGGGAUUGGUACCUUCUUCGAGAGAUUUCUGCAAGAACAAAAACAGGCAAACGGCUCGCUGCAGGGUCAGACAAAUGGUUCACUGAGUGAGCAUGUGAACAUGUGA